GCCAGUUCCCAUUCCGGACACAGGUCCUCCGCCUGGGGCCCCAGCUCAAGACAGGAGGGAGCCGCGCGGGUGUGUCAUUACCUUUGAGAGCUUCAUCCCGACUGUCAGGCCCGGAGGGAGCGCGGGCCGCCGGCUUGGCCGGACGAGCGCGGGGAGCAGGAGCCUCAGGCCGGACAGGAGCAGCGGACCGCGGGCGGAUGCGUGCGGAGUGAGCUGGGCGGCGCGGAGUGGCGGCCCCUGGGCCGAGUACAGCCCUGCGCCCCGCAUAGUGCGCGCAGGAGCCUGCGCUCUCCCCGGUCUCCCCGGUCUCCCCGCAGUGUUUCCUUCUCCCCCGUUUUUCUUUUGCGAUUCUGCACACCGCGGCCCGGAGGGAAAGCGGGGCAGCGGCGGGGACGCGAGCUCAGGGCCGGGCCGGAGGGCGCGGCGGAGGGGACCCUGAGGCCCGCAGCCGCCGCCGCCCCGCCCAGCCCCUGGCUCCAAACUUUCUGGCCAACUCGGCGCGGCGCCCGGCCGGCGGGGCUCAGCGGUGUCCCAGUGGCGGCAAGGGACGGAGGAUGAGCGGCCGCGGCCUCUGAGCGCCGAGCGGACAGAGACGGGGCCGGGUUACCCCAGAGCCCGCGCGGCCCCGGAGCCCGACACUCGCUCGCGGCGCCCCGGGAACAGGCGCUUCCACGCCGGCGGGCGGGCGGGCAGGUGGCCCCCGCGCGCCCCGCAACCCCGGCCCGGCGCCCCCCGCUCCCCGCGGCCCGGCCGGGGAUGCUGGCACUGGGGACGAUGGAGGGCAGCCGGCAGAGCGCUUUCCUGCUCGGCAGCCCGCCGCUGGCCGCCCUGCACAGCAUGGCCGAGAUGAAGACCCCGCUCUACCCCGCCGCCUUCGCGCCGCUGCCCGCCGGGCCGCCCUCGUCCGCGUCCUCGUCCUCGUCGUCGGCGUCCGCGUCGCCUUCCCCGCCCCUGGGCGCCCCGAAGCCCCCGGCCGCCGUGGCACUGUCGGCUCUGGGUAGCCCCCCGCAGCCUCUGUCGGCCGCCACCCCGCACGGCAUCAACGACAUUCUGAGCCGGCCCUCUAUGCCAGCCGCCUCCGCGCCGCCCUCCGCCGCGCCCUCCGCAUCCGCCGCCCCCGCUGCCUCCGGCCCCGCGGGGCUGCUGGCAGGUCUGCCCCGCUUCAGCAGCCUCAGCCCGCCGCCGCCACCCGGCCUCUACUUCAGCCCCGGCGCCGUGGCGGCCGUGGGCCGCUACCCCAAGCCGCUGGCCGAGCUGCCCGGCAGGACGCCCAUCUUCUGGCCCGGCGUGAUGCAGAGCCCGCCCUGGAGGGAUGCGCGCCUGGCCUGCGCCCCGCACCAAGGGUCCAUCCUACUGGACAAAGACGGGAAGAGGAAACACACGCGGCCCACCUUCUCGGGCCAGCAGAUCUUCGCCCUGGAGAAGACCUUUGAGCAGACCAAGUACCUGGCGGGCCCGGAGCGUGCGCGCCUGGCCUACUCGCUGGGGAUGACAGAGAGUCAAGUCAAGGUCUGGUUCCAGAACCGGCGGACCAAGUGGAGGAAGAAGCACGCAGCCGAGAUGGCCACGGCAAAGAAGAAGCAGGACUCGGAGACUGAGCGGCUCAAGGGUGCCUCUGAGAAUGAGGAGGAGGAUGAGGACUACAACCGGCCACUGGACCCCAACUCAGACGACGAGAAGAUUGCUCAGCUGCUCAGGAAGCACAAGCCGGGCGGCGGCGGGCUGCUGCUGCCCGCAGGGGAGGCUGACGGCUCAUCCUGAGCCGGGGGCAGGUGCACAGAUGUAUUUUUAUAACUGAAGCAUGGGGUCUGAGGGGACAGAAAGGACCCAGAGCGCCCUGCUAGGAGAAGGCCAUGACACCUGUCUCCGCCCUCCCGCCACUCCCAGCAGGUCCCCGGCUGCCGCUCCCCCCACCCCAUGCCUGCCUGAGCCGUCAGCAGCGGGAAGUGGUAGUGGGGGAGGCGAUGGCUAGAAGGGUGGACGUGCUCACGAGGGGACCCGAGGCCACGGUGGGGGUGGGGUCGGCUGCUAUUGCUGCAAGAGGCGCCCCCCCACCAACACACACACACACACUGCUGUGCCAGCUAAAGCAACCUGUUGAAGGCUCUUUGUAAAUAAAUCGUGAGUCACACUGACUAGAAGCUACUUUAUUGUGAAUAUUUAAAAUGUAAAAUGCUUUCUCUCUUUCUCUGA